CUUUUUUUUUUCUUUUUUUCUUUUUUUUUCCUGCAUUUUCUAUACAUAUCUAUAUAUUAUCAUUUAAAGAGUGUGAUGAAAGCGUCAUUGAUAAGCGCUGCCUUAUUAGUUACCUUUCCAGCAUUGAUUGCUGCUAAAAACUAUAAAAGUAAUUUAUGGCCCAUUCCUCAAUCAGUGAGUUGGGGUGAAUAUGAUCUUGAGUUGGAUACAAAUUUUCAUAUGAUUGGACCUGAUCAACAUGAAUUAACUAGAGCUAUGCAACGAUAUUCAACUAUAUUGGUGAAAGAACAUUGGAAACCCGUUCAAGCUCCUUUUCGAGAAAAAGCAUCGAAACCACAAGACGAGGAUAGUGCAAAACAAUUAAAGACACUUAUGAUUCAAGUAGAUCAAUUAGAUACACCAUUAGAUAUGGAAACGGAUGAAUCUUAUACGUUGACGAUUCCUUUAAAGACAACAGCACAUUUAAAAGCGGCGACGGUAUGGGGUGCCAUUCGUGGAUUAGAAACGUUUUCUCAGCUCAUUCAACAUCAAAGUCAAUCAAAAAUCAAAGAUGUUGAUAAUCAAAUUGCCAAUGAAGAUAAUGAUUUAUAUGAUGUAUUUAAUGAUGAUGUUACAAAACCUAAACGAGAGACAUCUUUACAACAACUUGUCAUCCCAAAGGUUCCGAUCCAUAUUCAAGAUGCUCCAACUUAUCCUCAUCGAGGCCUUAUGCUAGAUACAUCAAGAAAUUAUUACUCUGUCAAUGAUAUUCUUCGAACCAUUAACGCCAUGUCAUUUAACAAGUUAAAUGUCUUUCAUUGGCAUAUCACUGAUUCUCAUAGUUUUCCCUUAAAAUUGGACAGUCUACCCGAUUUGGCUAACAAGGGAGCCUAUCGAUUCCAAGGUCAACGUUUAGUCUAUACCAAAAAGGAUGUACAACGUAUCGUCCAAUAUGCUCGUGAUCGUGGGAUUCGUGUCAUCCCUGAAAUAGAUAUGCCUGCACAUACUGGUUCUUGGGCUCUGGCCUAUAAAGAUAUUACAACCUGCUUUGGUAAAUAUUACUUGGAUAAAGAUAAUAAAUGGGAAAAUCGAUUAGCAGCAGAACCAGGAACUGGACAAUUGAACCCAGUGAAAGCAAAGACGUACGAAAUUGUAGGCCAAGUGAUCAAAGAAAUAGCCGAGAUGUUUCCAGACAGUUAUUAUCAUGGUGGAGGGGAUGAACCAGUGUACAAAUGCUGGGAUCAAAAUACGUCAUUGAAAGAACACAUGAAAUCCAAUAAUGUGACGCAUGAUGAUUUACUUCAUCAGUUUUUGGACAAGGAACUGGACAUGAUUUCGAAAGCUGGCAAGCAUCCUAUUUUAUGGGAAGAUGCUGUGACCAAUAAUGAUUUGCCGAUUUCCAAGGAUGUUGUGCUUCAGAUAUGGACUAACCCGGCACAAUUGGCCAUCAAGAAAGGUUACAAGGUGAUUGCUUCCAAUUCCAACUUUUGGUAUUUGGAUUGUGGUCAUGGUGGAUGGGCUGGUAAUGAUACGAGUUAUAAUGAACAAGUACCACCUGCUGCUCCUGCAGCUGUCCAAAAAUUAUUGGAUAAAUAUGAUGUUGCUAGCAAUUAUGCACCUUCUAAUUGGGGUGGUGCUGGUGGUGAUUGGUGCAGUCCUUUCAAAUCAUGGCAACGUGUUUAUAGUUACGAUCUUACUUUUAAUUUGACCAAGGAAGAAACAAAAUCUGUGUUAGGUGGAGAAGUGGCAUUAUGGUCUGAACAAUCAGAUCCUGCUGCUUUGGAUAUACGACUUUGGCCUCGUUCUGCCGCUGCUGCUGAAGUUCUAUGGUCAGGAGGAAAAGAUGCUGAUGGCAAAACCCGAGAUAUUGGUGAUGCCAUGCCUAGAAUGUUUGAUUGGCGAUAUCGUCUUGUACAUCGUGGUAUCAAUGCUGACCCUAUCCAACCUCUUUGGUGUGGACAAAACCCUCAUCUUUGUGAUGCAACUUAUCCUGCUGUUUUCUUACAUUAAAAAAAAAUAAAGUGUUUUUUUUUUGCAUGUCAUAAAAAAUAAAAAUAAAAAAUCACUCUAUUCAUCCACAAAGAAAUCAUAUGUCGACAUGAUUGUUCCCAACAUCAUCAUCAUCAUCAUCACGGAUAAAGGAAAACCACUUUAUUAGUGAUCUAAUAUAAAAAAAGGCCCUUUUUCAAUACACUGC